AGCCACUGUCCUCGACUUGUGGGUCGACGACUAAGUCACUCUGAUCUGGUUUGAUUCGAAAACGAUGGAUCCGAAAGUGCGGCUACAAACAGUACAACAAUCGUACAUCUGUGCAUCGUCAUGAUGGUCCUGGACGGGCUUUUCCUGAUAGGCUGACAAGUCCAACAUACCCCAGAUUACACGGCCGCCCUUAAUGAACGCAGACAGCCCUUUAUAGACCAAGGAUGAUAUAGUCUUUUCUUCUAAUAAAGCGCAACAUAUCCAUACAGCAAUGCCGCCGCCAUCUUGACACCUAUUGCAUCACAUGUUCACGACAUCAUCAUGCAGCUGUGCGCGUUGGCAAAAGGCACUGCACUUGUAUGUUUGACAUUGUCGCGGGACUUACCCGAUGUGACACUCGCGGGUUGCUCCUCUACAUCGCACUCUUACGGUCGGAUUACUCCAUGGUUGCUUUCAUAUCGGUAUCGGGUCCCUUCUUUUACGUAUUAUUCGGGUGGAAUACCCUCAGGGAUUCGGUUCGCUCAGCACCGAGGCUCGCGACUGUUGCAGAUACAUUGAGAUCGUAAUCACAACAAGUACUCACUUUGCACCACCCAGGCGUGACAUACGAGCAGACACGGGCAUAGUAUUGUUGUUUGCUCGCUUCCCACGGCUGCUCACUGCAUGAUCCACACGAUGUCGAGGUGCUACGUAAAUGCUUGUACCGUAAUACCUUACCGGUUUACGACAACCAAGAUAUUUCAACGCCUAGUGACUUACUGUUUGACAGCCAAGGCAGGAGUGUGCAGGUGCUGUGGCUCGUCCAGGCAGAGCGAGGCCUCGCCAUUCAGGGGUAUUUCGCCUGACCAAGAUCUAGGAAUCUUCUAUCAAUAUGAAGG